AUGCCUGGCAUCUUACCCAUGAAAGUGAUCAAGGUCGGUGGCACUGGUUCGACAAGCCGCAUUGCCCAAGCCUGCGAUCGAUGCCGAAGCAAGAAAAUCCGCUGCGACGGUGUGCGCCCUUGCUGUUCACAAUGUGCCAACGUGGGCUUCGAGUGCCGUACUAGCGACAAACUGAGCCGCCGCGCUUUCCCGCGUGGAUAUACAGAGUCCCUCGAAGAACGUGUCAGGACUCUGGAGACUGAAGUCAAAGACUUAAAAGACCUGCUAGACGAGAAAGAUGAGAAGAUCGAUGUCUUAUCGCGGAUACAUUCAUUUUCGCCCGCAUCACAACGGGCCCCCUCGGCACGGUCCCCCUCGGCUUCCGCCACGGUUAAGUCCAUCAGCUCGGAUUCAUCGGAUGGCGUGAUUCAUGUUGAACGAUCAACGACUCGAUCAUCCCAGCAAUCGCAGAACCCCUUCAUGGGAUUUUCUAGUACCCAGGGCCUUGCUGAUGUCUUCACCAACAAACUUGUUAGCGAAGGAAAAUCAGCAAUCAAGGUUCCCACAGGAACCAUCACUGCCUUGCCUGCGUCGGUUGUUCAAGGUGCCCCCAACUUCACUGUGAAAACGCCACCUCGGUUGGUUUCGGAUCAACUUAUCAACAUCUUCUUCCAAGAAUGGGCGCCACUGUACCCUGUGGUACAUCGCCCAACCAUCUUGAAGGCUUACGAGCAGUAUCUCAACAAUCCCGAUUCUCUCCAGCGCAAUGCUCAUGUUAUGGCGCAGUUGAACCUGAUUUUUGGUAUCGCUGCUAUCUCAUCCGUGUCACGAACAAAUCAAGACCCAGUAUUCUUCGAACAGAAUUGGUCGGCGACCCUUGAUUCAUUCUCAACUGAAACCUCAAUUGCUAGUCUGCAGUGCUUUGUCCUUGGUCAAAUUUAUUGUAUGACCAAAGGCGAUUACCGCACUUUACUCCGCUAUCGUGCCCUUGCUGUGGAUAUCUGCCACCAGCUAGGCAUGCAUGAGAACCAACAACGCUCGGCCAACCCACUUCAUGAUGAGACCCAGAAGAAGGUAUUCUGGUCGCAAUAUGUGCUGGACCGGUUCUGCUCCGCGCUCACUGGUCUGCCUGUUCUCCUGCGGGAAGAGGAUAUCGAGGCGGAAUAUCCGGUUGACGUGGACGACGAGAAUGUCACAGAGACAGGCUUUUUGCCCACCCUGCCGGGUGAAUCCACUCGAAUUUCCAGCGCCAUCGCUCUCUUCGGCGCUGCACGGAUCUUGAACAAAACUUUGGAGGAUCUGUACCCAUCCAAAUCCGGCUACGACGUGUAUGUUUCAAAGAUGCGUUCCGUCACAGGGCAACUGGACGAAUGGCUUCACACCCUGCCUCCUCACCUUCGUCUCGAGUUCAGCCAGGACAAGCCUAGCACGAACGUCACGAGUAGCCGGUCGCCGCUCCUAUCGCUUGUGUAUUAUUUCAUCCGAUCUUUGAUUCAUCGUCCAGCUGUGUGCUACGCCGACGAGAAUCUUCGUUCUCCAUCUGUUCUGGCGGUGUCUGAUUCCGCAAAGCAUAUCAUCCAGAUCCUUGAACUUCUUGAUGAGAGGCGCCUGUGCUUAUCUGUCAGUAUCAACAAGAAGGAGUUGGUAUUCUUCUCCGGACUUGGGCUUCUUUGGCAAAUGCUCGAUGUUAAGAGCGAUAGCAAACUAGCCAAAGAGACUCAGAAGUUGCUCGGAACCGCCUUGCAAUAUCUUCGGUUUGAGUCGAGCGCAGCCGCCACAGAGUUCGGCGUCUUGUCUAAUAGCUUAGUCGCCUUGGACGGCGGACGGCGCCCAUCCACCGGCAAACACGCCCAGGAAAUGGUUGCACCAACACAAAAGCCAAGCAAAUCCCCCAAGAAACACUUGCAGGCAUUAAAGUCGCGACUCAUCUCCACCUCCAUCCGUGAGAAGCAGCCUCCAACUCAACCUUCCCCCCAGUCCUCCCGCCGCAACACCGUCUCCGGUGCCACACCCCCGCUUGCAGCCCAGGCCAUUCGCUCCCCUAGCUGGAGUAGCCUACCUCCAUCUCAGCCCGAUCACAUUCAAGACCUCAUCCCCGCCGCGCACUACCUCACCGAAAAAGGCCAAUCCCCAUUGGAUCUACCCAUGAAUCCCCAUUUAGCUCCACCCAUGAGCUACGAUCACCCACGCUCCAUGUCUUGCUCUACUCCUUCUGAUCCCUCAGCCGGCGCGAUAACGAUGGCCGACUGGGAAUACGUGCUGAGCGACAUGGACCGCGGUUACUCUAACAUUUUCACUGGUAUCUAUGGUGGCAAAGAAUGCGGCGAGGAUCCAGGCCCAUUCGCCUCCAUCACAGCAGAAUAUACCGGCAAACCCAACGACCCCUCCCUAGUGAAUCCUCCUAAAGUGGAUAUCCAGGGCCUCUCUCCCGAGGCAUGGUCCGCUAGCAGUGGCGACUUUGCACCCACGCAUGAACACACCACACAGAGUGUCUUGAGCUAUUCUGGUGAAAGUAUGGGCAGCGCCGAGGAACCUCUGGCCCGGUACGGUGAUGUCCGGGUCUGUCAUGAGGAAAUGAACGGCCUCGAUCCUUUCCAUACUUUUGCUAUGCCUGUUGAGGACGAGGUUGACGAGUUCUCGCUGGCGAAUGGCUGGGACCGACGGCUGGCCGUUUGA